AUGCCAGCAGACAUAUUAAUUCAUUUAUCCUAUUACCAAUUUUUCCCUUACAUCUCUUCCAUUUUCUUUUUUCUUCUCUUUCAACCAAUAUCAUUCUAUCUCUAUCUUUCUAUUAUUAUUAUUAUUAUUAUUAUUACAUAUCUACUUCUCUUUCUCUUUUUUCUAUCACUCAGUCUUAUGACCCUCUCUCUUUCUAAUCGUCUCAGAAUUUUUUUAUUUCAUUACGUUUUUCUUCUUUCCCCUCCCACUAUUAUUCUUUGUCUUAUUCUCUCUCUCCCUCCUACACGCACAGACACUCACAAAUUUAUUUUAUUUUUUCUUCUCUGUCUUUCUUUAUCUGUCUUGUUAUCCUUUCCUUUCCUCUCUUUCUUUCCUUCAUUCCUCUCUUUCUUUCUUUCUUUCUUUCUUCUUUCUUUCUUUCUUUCUUAUGAUCCUUUCUUUCCGUGUUUUCUUUCUUUAUUUAUUCUUCCUUUCUUUAUAGAUCUUACUUUCUUUCUUCUUUUUUUAUUUCUUUUCUUUUUCAUUAAUUCUGUAUUUAUUUACACGUUCGUUUUCACCUUUUUUCCUUUCUUUUUCUUUAUUCCUUUAUUCGGGUUUUUACUUUGCUUCUCUCUUUCUUUCUCUCUUUCUUUCUUUCUUUUUCUCUCUUUCUUUUUAUCUCCCUUUCUUUCUUUUUCUCUCUUUCUUUCUUUCUUUAUUCCUUUUUCUUUCUUUCUCUCUUUCUUUCUUUCUUUUUUCUUUUCUUUCUCUUCUUUUUCUUUGUUACAUUUUUGUUUCUUUGUUUUUCUUUCUUUCUCUCAUUCUUCUUUCUUUCUUUACAUUUUCUUUCUUUUUUUCCUUUUUUCUUCCUUUCUUUCUCUCUUUCUUUAUUUCUCUCUUUCUUUCCCUUUUCUUUCUUUCUUUCUUUUGCAUUUCCUUCAUUCUUUCUUUCUUUCUUCCUUUCUUUCUGUCAUUUUCAUACUCUCUUUCGCACAUAUAUUGCGUGGGUCUUUCUUUUAUGAUCAUUUUUCUUCCAAUGUUGCCCUGGUAUCUACUUCUCAUUACGUUUCUCUGAGCUGA